AUGGUUGAAGGAUGCGCUAAAUGUGAUUUUAAUUAAAUUUGCCUCGAAUGCAAUCAAAAUUUGAUGCUAGAUACUAAGAGUAACAUAUGUUAUCUUAAGCAAGACACUUGCUCCUCUAAAUUUGACUUUAUUCAAUAGCCUUUCAAAUUAAAUUAAUGUGUUCAGAGUUGUCCAUCUCCUUUUUAUUAAAAUCAAAUGACAUAGAUUUGUGAAAAAAAUCUUUAAUGCUUAUAAUUUGAUAGAAUAUCUGCAUAACUUAAUCAAAGAGUUACUUAAAUUGAAUAGUUUCAAUAAAAUUCGUAUCUGAUUAGAUCUAAUUAAUGUAAUUUUGCAGUAGCUGAUCAAAAUUUCUAAAUAAUUUACACAUAAGUUCUUCAAAAUAUGACUAACUUUGAGGAAUUAUAUAUGCCUACACCUGGCUAAGAAUUCUAUCAAAAAAGUUUUAUUAUUGGGCAAUAUGGUGGCUGUACUGCAAAUAACACCUUGAUUGUGAUGGAUUUUAUAAAAAAUAGAAUUGUUUUUUAAUAAAUUAACUUAGAUCAAGAUUACCAUUUUCUUUAUGCAGACACUUUUAAUCAAAUA